GCUCCAGAGUAAAGGCUCUGCAUGGCCUCUUUCUUCUGGUUGGUGCUUCUGCUUGGAGUUGCCAGGAUGUGUGGCAAGUUCCUGAGGCAGCUGUUAGCUGAGGAGAGCCAGCAUUCCACCCCUGUGGGUCGCCUCCUGCUUCCUGUGCUCCUAGGAUUCCGCUUCCUGUUUCUGGCUUCCAGUGGACCUGGGGUCUUUAAUAAUGAUGAGAGUGAAUUCAUCUGUCAUUUAGGGCAGCCAGGCUGCAAGGCGGCUUGUUAUAAUGCCUUCCACCCCCUCUCUCCAUUGCGCUUCUGGGCCUUCCAAGUCAUCCUGGUGGCUGUACCCAGUGUGAUCUAUGGGGGUUUCAUCCUGUAUCAUGUGAUUGGCUACUGGGAGAAAUCAGGAAAGGUGAAGAAGGAGCAAGAGACUCUGAACUUCAAGGGGGAUGGCAGUAGAGAUGCCUCAGGGGUUGGAAGUCUCAACCUGCUCUGGGCCUAUGUGGCACACCUUGGGGCUCGACUGGUCCUUGAAGGGGCAUCCCUUGGAGCUCAGUACCAUCUUUUCGGGUUCAAGAUGCAUGGCUCUUUUGUAUGCCGUGAAGACCCUUGUAUUAGCAGUACAACCUGCUUUCAGUCACAGGCCUCUGAGAAGACCAUCUUCCUAAACACCAUGUUUGGCAUCAGUGCAAUCUGUCUCUUAUUUACUUUUUUGGAGCUUGUGUUUCUGGGUCUAAGGACGCUUUGGAGGAUGUAUAAGCACAGAUUUCACUUCUCUAAGUACUUCCGAACUUCAAAAAGCACCACAAGACACAAGGACCCAACUGAUGACUUGUCAGUGGUAGAAACAAAAGAGCCAUUUCGAGAAGCAG